AUGGAUAAUGUUAAUGCAAAUAAUAGUUAAUUAGACAAUGAUGAAUUAGCUAUUAAUUAUUAAAAAAGCUAUUUUGCUAACAAUCAAUGUAUAUCUAUUAGCCAAAUAAUUUUAGGUGAAGUUGUAGGUAUAAGAGCUUUAUAAAUAGAAACAUCAGAAUAAGCUGAUUAAUUACCUAUUUAUUAAGAAAACUUUGAGACUCUUAUCAAUAAAGGUAUAUAUCUUUACUUUUGUAUAAUUAUAUAGGUUAAGCAUUACAUAAAUUGUAAAGAUGGAAUGAAGCUAUUGAAUAUUAUGAUAAAGCAAUUACAUUAAAUCCAUAAUCUAGUAUAACUUAUCAUUUUAAAGGUAUUUAAAUAUAUUAAUUUGUAUAGGUAGCAUUUUAAGUUAUAUGAAUAAAAUUUAAGAAUCUAUAUAAUGCUUUGAUUAGGCUUUAAAAAUAAAUCCAAAUGAUAGUGUAGUAUUACUACUUAAAGGUAGAUUUAUAAUUCGAAUUUAGGGGAUUUAUUAUUAGGUUAAAAUAAAUAUACAGAAGCUAUUGAAUGCUUUGAUAUAAUUAUAAAGUUGUGUCCUGCUGAUAGUGAAGCUUUCAUUUUAAAAAGUAAAUUUCUUAUUUAAUUAAUAAAGGCAAAGCUUUACAUGCUUUAACAAGAUUUUAAGAAGCCAUAGAAUGUUACGAUUAAAUCAUUUAAAUAUCUCCAUUAAAUAGUGAAGUCUAUUAUAAUAAAGGUAAAUUAAGUCGUCUAAAUAGGGGAUGCUUUAUGCCAAUUAAACAGACUAGAGGAAUCAAUAAUUUAUUUUAAUAAGGCUUUAAGUAUUAAUCCAAAUUUAAGUGAAGCUUAUUAUAAAAAAGGUUUAUAAUUAAUUAUUAUUUAAGGAAAUGCACUAAUUUCAUUACAUAGAUAUAAGAAAGCUAUUGAGUGCUUUGAUUAACUUUUGCUGAUUAAUCCCAAAGAUAGACUAAUGCUUUAUAGUAAAGGUUUUUACUCAUUAUUCCAAUAAGGUUAUGCUCUAACAAAAAUGAAUCGAUAUUUCAAAGCAAUAUAGUGCUAUGAAUAAUAAAUCUAGUUAAAUCCUAAAGAUUUAUAGGCGUAUUUUCUUAAAAGUAUAAAAUUUCUAAACUUAAUAGGCAAAGUUUUAUCUCAAUCAAAAAAGUACAAUGAAGCCAUCUAAACCUUGAGAAAAGCGUAUUUAAUUAGUCCUCAGCCUUUUAUAAUGAAGACAUUAGGUAAAUUUUUAAUCAUGUUUUAGCUGAUUCAUUACUAUUAUUGGGAAGAAAGGCAGAAGCUAAACAAUUUUAUUUAAUGGCUGGAUACAAGAAAAAAUUUAUAAAUAAAAAGUUAAAAAAGACUUGA